AUGUCGACCAAGGCCAGUACCCCAUUAGUUACAACACCUCCGAUCGUCAUCCCAGGCCCGCCCUCGGUGCGCAUUCCCUCCUCCGCCCAUGAUUCUGGAGCUUACCACUCGCCACACGAUCUCUCGCCCCUGGAUGCCGAUUUCAGCGCUUCAGAUUACUUCAUGGCUGAGGACGCCCGGGGUGCUGGACCCCCGAGUACCAGCUUCCACGACGCGGAGACAGUGACGGACGACAAAAGCGGCGCGCAAGAUUCUAUCACAACACCGCCCGCGCCAACGACGAAUUCGAACACCACCACCACCACCACCACGACGCAAGCAGAUAACGAGGAAAAGGACGUGCAUGAUGAACCGCCCGCUACGAUAGCCCAAUCCCACACCGAGGAGGAAAUUAGUCUCCUUCCUCCCUUGACCGAUCGCGACGAUAGCAGUUUGUUCUUGUCGAGUGAAAUUGGCGAGCGCGAGCACGUGAAUAACCAGACUCUAAUCGAGGAGCAUGAGAUGCGCCGUAAGCUGAUGGAUAUGGAGUCGAGUUUCCUGCCUGAACCCUCAACCAUCGACGUCGCCACGGCUGGUCGGACUACUGGCGCAGAUGAUACCUACUUGGUUGGAGUCGGGGGCUACGAUCCCGAUAUGACCCAGUCGUCUACAUUUUCGUUUAUUCCGCCAUCUGAGAGCUACGGGGAAAUCGAGCACGAUCAUGACGGUGCUGGUGAGGGGACGGAGAAUGUUCUCGACGCAGCGCGUGCGCAGCAGUCUGGCAAUGACACUAUGCUUGACUCGCUCACCUCGUCACCUUCGGCUGCGGCUAUGCUGCGGAGUUUGCAGAGAGAUCAGCAAUCGGAAAACCCUGCUGAGAAUAGCCUUUUGUCCCAGGAUGAACGACCAUUCAGAUCUCAAUUCUCCAUUGCAGAAAGUGAAUCACAACUCACCCCUCCAAGCUUCGACAUUCAUCUCGCAGCCUUUCACCGGACCGGCGGUAUUGGUGGGAGUCGGAGAAGUGGUAGCCGGCCGAAGUAUUUGACGAGCCGUCAAUCGUCUCAGCGACUCUCGCACUCCUCGAUUGCUAGCAAUAACACUGAAACAACUCACAGUGACGCGACGCUGGGGGCCGACUUUGCUCUUCAAUCUGGAGGCGCGGCCUCUGAGCAAUGGGGCGGUCUCAACACCGGUCAGCGCGCGCAUAUGACCCGGACGACUAGCCUGGGCAGUAUGGCGUCCGGAGUAUCAGGGUAUAGUGAAGAAAACUCUUUAGAGAGACGCACUCUUGGCGCUCCGAUUGAUGGAGGUCUGCAUACCUUGGAAGAAGAGAGCUCGCCACAGUCAGCACGACAGGCACCGGCCUUUGAUGAAGCCUCGGCACCAAUGACACCGAAAGCCAGGCCUCGAGACAAUAUUCCCACCGAUAUAGCCAUCACCGAGCGUGUCAAGGGAAUUCAGGUUCCUACAGCUUUCGUUCAAAGAUUCCGUGAUGACUUUGCUCACACUGGACCAUCCCCCGAGAAACGCCCCGGAGCUUCGACGCCUGCAUUUGGACGCAGUGGUCGCACGAUGACUCUCAAGGAGCAAAGCAGUACGAUCGACCGACUCUCGAAGGAGAACUUUGAUUUGAAAAUGCGCAUUCAUUUCCUCAACGAAGCUCUGAAUAAGCGGUCUGAAGAGGGUAUCAAGGAGAUGAUCUCAGAGAAUGUUGAGCUCAAAUCAGAUAAGCUCAAACUGCAAAAAGACAACCAGGGUCUGAAGCGCAAGAUCCGGGACUUGGAAAAGCAGCUGAAGGAUCAACAAUCUGACAAGGACUCCAUGGUCAAUCAUGACCCUGAGGCAUCGGAAGAUGACCGCGACUCGCCUCAGGACGAAGAGCUUAUCUUCCUGCGGGAGCGAGUUGAGACGUACGAGCUUGAGAUUGAGCGCAUGCGAUCGGAGAAUAUUGCUCGCGAGAGCGAGAAGCGCCGCUUGGCUGAGAUGGUUAAGUCUCUGAGCGAGAACCGCACUGCCGGUUCAGAUGCGGGUGCUCGAGAAGAGAGGGAUAUGUGGAAAGACAUGCUAGAGGCAGAGACUGCUGCCCGCGAGCAAGCCGAGGAGGAGAACCGCAGGCUGAGGGAUGAGUCGAUUCGCCUUAAGAGUGAAAUUUACACAACUACUAGCUCCUUGAAGCCUGGACAGCGAGAGCGCGGCGGUUCUACGGUCUCAUAUGCGUCAACAUCUGAACGAGAGGGCCACCGCGGUGCUCUGAUGAGCACUUCCAGCAGCACACUCAUGGUCGAGCUCGAGCUCUUGAAGCAGGAGAAUGCUGAGUUGAGGAAGGAAGUCAGCGCGCAAACCUCUAUGCUUACAUCCCGCAACCGCGAGAAAGAGCGCCUUUACCAGGAGAUCGAAGAACUUAAGCUCGGCCAGCGACGUGAUGGUAGCCGAUCCGUGGCUGGGGAUAGCAUUUUCGACCGAUCGGUUUCUCGUGCUCAAAUGCGCGCCGGGUCUGAGAUCAGUGAUGGCACUGGAUCCCGGGAUAAUAUGGAUCGUGAGGAGCUUGAAGCUCGGAAUGGUCAGCUGCGCGACCAGGUGUCGACGCUUAAGCUGGACAACCAAGCUAUUCGUGAUCAACUUGAAAGCUAUACCCGAGAAUUGGAGGCGCUUGAUAAGGCUUACCAGGCUGACGUGGACCAAGCCGAGGAAGAAAUUGCGAAUCUACAGCAUGAGCGCGACCAGGCUAUUCAGAUGGCUGAUGAGCGUGAUGCUGCCUUCCAGGAUUUGCGUGCCGAAGCGCAAGAGGAGCUUGACACUCUUGGUGAGGAGCUUGAUCAGAAGAUCCUUGAGUGCCAGCGCAUGGGUGAAGAUCUUCGAAACCAGGAUGAGAGUUUGAGGGUGUUGCAGGCCGAGAUGCGCUCAGCCAGUGAAGGGAUCAUUCGACUCGAGGAAGAUGCUCAGAAUAACUUGGAGCGGUACAAGGCUGUACAGCAGGAGUUGGAGGAAACCAAUCGCGAGAUGGAGUCUCUAGAGAAGAGUCUCUUCGAAGCCAACACCAAGGUGCAGCGACUGACAGUGCAGAUCGAGUCGAGCCAGAACGAGAUUGCCUUCCUGCGGGAAGAGCAAGAUGGCGACAAGAUCCGCAUUGGUGAUCUAGAGUCUGAGCUCAAGACGUACCAUAUGAGUCUGCACAGUGAGAAGGACAAGACCCGGGAACUGGAGCAGCGACUUGCGGACGAGCGGCACCAGCGUGAGGUUGUGGGGAGCAAGGAGAAACAAGAGGUUCAGCGGAUCAUGAACGAGUUGAACCGGGAAGCCUCGGCUGCUAAGGAGGAGGCCCGGCGACUGAAGAAGAGCCUAUCUACUCAGGAGAUUGAGACAAACACCUGGCGUGAGCGUCUUAUGGACCUUGAGAACAAUCUUCGCGAGACCCUGGGAGAUCUGAGCGGCAGCCGGUCUAGCCUGAUCACCAACAUUAUGAAGUUGCAGAAAGAGCUCGAGUCGACUGCGCUGGAGCUGGAGAGUGUUCGACAACAACUUGAUGAGAAGGAGUCGCUACUUCGCAAUCGCGAUGCGCUUCUAGAGAGUCACGGUCUGGAAUCCCGCAAACUUUCUGAACUCCUUGAGCGCGAGCGACAGGCUCGGCGGGCUGAUAAGCAGUCCUUCGAGCAAGCUCUCAAGAACCACCAGCAGGCGUCACGAACCAUUACACAGAGCAACUCACGGAUUACGGAUCUGGAGAAUGCUCGCAACUCAGAUCGGAAGCGGUUUACUUCGCUUGAGCAGCAGUUCCGAGACCAACUCAGCGAGCGAAAUGCAUUGUUCCUUACUAUCUGGAAGAGACUCUCUUCGAUUUGUGGUCCUGAUUGGGCGCACUCGAACAGUCUUAUCAAUGGCAAUCUUCCUAGCCAGGAAGUCAUUGGUAACAUCCUCUUCUGGCCUGGCUUUAGCCGAAACCUGCUUCUUGCCGUCAAGACUGUUGAAAGUGUGAUUUCAGGCUUCAAGACUCGCAUCAGGGGUAUCGAGCAUGACUUUACCAAGCAGUACCAAAAUCUCGAGAGCUCCUUUGCUCAACGAGUCCGUCGACUCGAGCGUAUUGAGGAAGCGGUCAAGAACCUACGCAAUGGACGAGGCUAUUCCAGCUCAGCGUCCGAAGUGUCCAAACUCCGUGGUGAAAAUCGACUAUUAAAGGCUGAAAUCAACCUCCUCCAAUCCAACACCCGUACCCACAGCUCUGCAUCUGCCGCCGCCGCCGUAAUGGCUUCCGGCCCGCGCUCACCAUCGCUUGCAUCAACCGCAGACGCCGAGCGUUCUUCCUUGACCCGUCAUAACUCUUCACCGGGAACUAGCGAGAAACCACGAGGUCUCACGCGCAGUUCCACCGGUCUCCCACAACCAUCCCACACCUCGUCCAGCAGUACAUUAACCAAUAACGCCGGUGCAAUACUGCCCCGCUCACGCAGUGGAGUCAGCGGGUGGGACGGCAUUGAAGAGAAAUGGAUUCACCGACUACACGAGCUGGAGAGACGCCUCAAAUCCGAAAGAGAAGGUCGUCUUCUUGAUCGCAGUGGUGCACGGAAGCGUCUCGAGGAACGGGAUGCUGAGAAUCAGCGGUUGAGGGAUCAACUUCAGCGGGAGCGGGUACGAAGAGGUGGACCUUCGGGGACGGUUACGGAGAGUAGUCGGAGUCGGGGGGUUCCUACUUCGGAUGAAGGGCCUAGUUCGAGUGAAGGGGAGGGCAUUACGGUUGAUAUUGAGGUGUGA